AUGACAAUAGAUGAUUUAAGAUUACGCAGGAUACCUUGUCGCAGUAAACAUAUCACAUAUACACACGUUAAAGAGUUGUACAAGGAUUUAUCAACAUUCGAUGUAUAUGAUCCUGAUGCUAAUCUUGACUUCCUCAGCAAAUCUGGACGUAAUCAAUGGCGUAAAUUAUCUGAGAGUGGUGAUGAAACCUUGUUAGAGACAAAAAGUGGUCGACUUAUUUAUGGUCCCCUCAGUUUACUUUCAUCAUCGUCAGGUAGUAUUAAAAAAAGUGUCUUAUCAUCGAGUUCAGAUACAUCUGAUCUAUCAGACUGUGCUAGUUCACAUGAUAACGAAGAAGAUGAAGAAGAUGAGGAGGAGGAAGAGAUUAAAAGUUUGAAAAAUGACUAUCAAAAGAAUAAUCAGAUUGUAAUAAGUAAUAAAAUCAAUAAAUUACCAUCAUCAUCUUCAUGUUCUGUCAAUAAUGAAAAUAAUACUAUAAAAGAAAUUAUUGAUAAUUUUGAAGAUUUAUAUCUUACGCAUCAAAAUUGGCAUAGACGUGUACGUGUAGCUAUCGCUUCUGGUGAUCUACAUACUUUACGCUAUUUAUUACCAAUGGAUACUUCUAGUGAUCAGUUGAUUGAAUCAGAGAUUGGGCAUAAUUCAACUAAUAUACCAUCUCCUGAAUGUAAUUCAUCAGGUUCAACUUUACCACCACGUGAUGUUUGUUUAAAGUUAAUCAACCAUCCAUUAAGUGAUGGUAGAACACUUUUACAUGUGGCUGUUGAACUUCAAAGUGAUCCUGAAUUACUUCGUGUACUACUUGAAUAUGGAUGUGAUCCUGCUGUCAGUGAUGGUGAUAGUGUAACACCUUAUCAGUUGGCUAUACGAUUGCACAAAAAGGUUAUGGCCAACGUAUUUCGACGUUUUCGUUUUUACCAUCCAGAGCGUUAUGAUUACGAAAAAGCUCAGAUACCUACUCCAAUAGAUCCAUCGAAGGAAGCUGAAAAAGUGAAAAGAGAACGUGAACGCGCUAAACAACAGAAACAACGACAAAAAGAGAAACGUGCUGCUGAACGUGCACUUGCUGAAGAAAAAGAAAAGGAAGCAGCUGAACAAGCUCGUUUCUUGGCUUUAUCAGAUCGAGAAAAGCGUGCUUUGGCAGCUGAACGUCGUUUGAAUUCUGCUAGAGCUGCAGCUGGUGAACCACUAAUAGUGUUCAGUCGUUGCUUUCAGUGUGGUUGCGAUAUAACCGGUAAAGUUCCCUUUACAUAUAUGGAUUUUAAUUUUUGUACACCGAAUUGUUUAAAACAACACCGUUUAUCAGCAUCGAAUAGUAGUAAUUCAACUACUGGGAAACAUUGA